AUGGAAGCCCUACUUGCCAACGCAGUGACGCUGCGCUCGUUCUUGGAGAGCGCUUCAGAGGAUGAUAGCAACUUGGAUCGAGCCGAUGUGCUCGAGCGAAACCUCUCGCGAGUGACUGACCGCGACGUCUCGUUUGCUCUGGACCACACUUUUCUCAUCCAGUCACUUCCGACGGGAGUGAAACCGUUUCCUCGAUCUCCAUGGCACUGCAACACGAACAUGGCACAUACGGAAUUAGUGCACCAGGUGGUCGAGCAGCUCGUUGUACGCAAACGGUUGAUACAUUGGGAACACGCAAACAUCCUGACGCUCGGGUAUCGCGAAGAAACGCCGAUGGCUUCAGGCCACCGUGUGACGCAAUCCAAUCGGAUCGUGUGCUACUACCCGAACACACUCGUGGCUGCGCUCAAACAGCCGCUUUGGGCUUCGCUGCAUAAACUCAUGGGAGACGAUCUCAUGAUGCACUUGCUGCUCUACUAUACCAUUUUGGUACAACUGGAAGAAUGGCCAAAGGUCUACGUGCAGCUCACGGGAAAAAGUCUGCGUCAGCAAAUGUGGCAUGCUGGAGAUGACGAUGCAAAGCGUACUGUGUCAAUUCAUGACGUCAUGUAUGCCCGCUAUUUCCGAAAGGACAGAGUAUUUGCGCGCUCGCACGUUCUGGCAAAAGCGCUCAAGAUGGGCAAUCCGAUCAGCCGGACUGAAGCGUCUCGAUUGCUUCGUUCAAUCUUCCCCGCCGUUGCAGGUCAAAAACGUUUACCGAAGCGGAUGAUUCGUUUGAUUCCGACGAUACAGACCAUGGUGUCAAGACUCCGAGCCUGUCCGAUCGAAGGGCUUGCAAAGAACCAUACGCCUCUGAACGCUGAGUUCCGCGAAUUUAUGGCUAACAAUCUACGCAUCAAGCGUAAAGUCGCAGAGAGAGCUGCCGGAGGGAAGGUAUGUGUGCAGCCCAUACUCUUUCCAAUUGUACAAAAAGCUCUGGAUGACGGAUACAUGAGUCAAAACGAGGCGGAGGUACCGAGCUCAGAUCGUAAACGGAAACGAAGAGAGCAGGCACUCGGCAUGCUGUCCCAUGUAUCAGUGGUUGCGCCACAGAAUGGAACCAGUAACUAUCCGUGCGACCGAAGCAAGCAGAAAAGCACUCACAGCGGCAGUGUAAAGAAGCGUCGCUCUCACGACCAGGCAGACCUGACGAAACUGCAACGACAUAAGGCGGACAUCAAUCGGUUGCUCGCGUGCACGACGCCCAAGCACAAAAUCUAUCGGCUGGUUUGUAAGUUCGUUGCUCGAGUCAUUCCAAAAGAAUUGUGGGGUAGCUGCGAUACGCAAAAGAACUGGAAGUGCGUGAAGAUGCUGCUGCACAAGCUCAUUUUUUCUCGAAAGUUCGAUACCUUCUCGCUUUCAAAGUGCUCCAACGAGUUCCAGGUGCACGGUGUAGAAUGGAUGAGAGUAAAAACGAGUACAACGUCUUGCCCGUUGAACGAACAAGUCAAGCGCAGGAAGCUCUUUGAGGACUUGCUACGGUGGGUAACGUCAGUGCUUGUCUUCCCAGUGUUGCGGAACAUGUUUUACGUUACAGAGACUGAAGGAUUGGCCAACGAAAUUGCGUAUUACCAGCGCCCGGUCUGGAAUGCAAUCAGUACGCUUGCUCUUGAUGACUUAGAAGGGGGAAUUCUGCAAUCUUCUGGUGCCCAAAUUUCUCCCUGCGACCAGAGUCACCGCUUGCUAGCAACUUCUCGACUAAGAUUGUUACCUAAGACUAGCGGGGUUCGACCGCUCAUGAAUUUGUCCAAAGCUGUUGAUCGGACCAAGUUCUCAGUAAACAGAUCUUUGGAAACCGUUCAUCGAGUGCUAGCAUUUGAGGUGGAGCGACAGCCCGAGCGACUUCUCGGAGCAUCUGUGCAGAAUACCGACGAGAUCUAUAAGCGCCUGAAACCACUAUUCGGUCAGAUAUCCUCCUGCCCUCGAUGCAGGGAGCGGCAACGUACUUCUCGGAAUGUGCCAAUGGCUUACUGCGUGACUGUGGACGUUGAACGCUGUUUCGAGACGAUCCGACCGCAAAAGAUGUAUCAGAUAUUGAAGAAGGCGAUGCGAGAAGAUGAAUACCUCAUUCGCAAGCAUUGGGUUGGCCGGCAAGUUGUCCCGACGCCAUCAGAUAUCGAUAUGGGCAAACUGUUACCACACUCAUCAUUUCAUUUCAAGCUGGAGCGUCCCGCGUACCCGUCUGGUGAAUUCCUCUGUUUCAACGAGCUUGUAGCGCGGUCUACGAAGAAGAACGCUGUCCUCGUGGAUGGUGUUCUUUAUGACUACCUCACGAAAACGCAAGCCCUUCAGUUGCUGAAAGACCAUUUGUUUGCGAACUCCGUCGAGAUCGAUGGACACGACUACGUUCAACAGUGUGGGAUUCCGCAAGGUUCUGUGCUCUCCACAAUUUUGUGUAACAUGUAUUACGCUCAUUUUGAGCGACGGGUGCUUCGCAAGCGUUUGCCAAAAGUAUACGAUCCGGCUAUCGUGUCUGUGUCCUGCUGUCGACACGAGAAACUGUUUCGUUAUACGGAUGACUUCAUGUUUAUCACGACAGACUUGAAGAGAGCACAAACGUUCUACGAGGUGAUGCAUGAAGGCAAUAAAGAGUACGGGUGCUUUGCGAAUCCAGCGAAAAGUCAAGCAAAUUUCGAGACCACUGCCGGAACGUAUCAGCCCAAGCAAUUUGCAUCGUCAGUACUGGAAGGGAGUAUAUCAUGGUGUGGCCUGUUGAUCGAUUUCAGCCAACUGCAGAUCUACGUCAACUAUGAAAAACUGAGCAGUUCACUGCUUUCAAGCUCGAUACCACUCAACGAGACAAAGGCGCCACGAGACUUCUUCGUGGGCAAAGUAGUUUCUUCGGUUCGUCAUCGAUGGCAUGCGCUCUAUUUUGAUGCCGAGUUGCUUUCGCAAGACACCAUCGACGUCAAUAUGUUCCAAAUGCUGAUGCUGGCAGCACACCGGUUCACAGUUCUCGUCGAGAUGUUACCGUUCGUGAACCGUGACAUGCGUUUCUUUCACGAAAGCAUCCAUCAAAUUUUGAGUAAGAUGACCAAGACCAUUCAUCGCAGCCUGGAGCCAGGUCCGGCUACGAAGAAAACGUCCAGAUCUUACGUGUUCCAGAAGCAUCAGGUCUGGGCAAUAGGUCUGUAUGCAUUUCAGCUCACUAUCCUUGCCAAGCGGGAUCAAGUCCAUGCAAAGCAUCGCCAAUGUCAGUGGGCAGGUUGGCACACGCUGCUAGAUGCCGUACGAACGGAGCAGGAGGAAUUCAUGCAGCUGGCGGAGAAAUGCCAAAGUACCGAGCGGCGCUCAACUCUCGAUCUCGAUUGGUUGUUGCAUGACCGCCGCAAUACGGCCGUGUUGAAACGGCUUCUGCAACUUGGUGUGAAUGGCUCGAGCGAUACACGUAGAAGUUGA